AUGCGCCGGACGGUACGUCUUGGCUACCACGCCUACGUUCCAAAGGGCGCGCUUCUCAAAAGCGAGGGGCUCGCCGCGUCGCCUCACUUAGCAACCGCCGUGUUCCGUGAGACGGAGGCCGCGGCCGCACGUGCGGACAAGGCAAAAGAAGAUGCAGGCUUUUUUAGCCAACCCCGGCUGAACUAUCCAAUCGCCUCCGGCAUUCCGGCGUUUAUCUCCAAACGGCAGUUUGACGUGCAGUACAAUAUCUUCCACCGCGAUGCAGUGCAGACGCUCAACCAACAUACACUAGGCACUCCACUGGAGGGUCACAACCUUGAGACCGUUAUUCGUAGGACGUCUUUUGAUGCCACGCAGGCCGUGGCGCACACCGCGGCGGCGGAGCACUUUAACUAUUGUUUUUUCUACAAGUCCCUGCGGCCAUGGGGGACGGCGGUGCCAAAACAACUUUGCGAGGCCUUUCAGUUGCAAUAUGGCCGCAACGGCUCGGUAGAUGUGGUGGAGGAAGUAAAGCGGGUGCUAACCGUCACUGUUCUCUCGCACCAGGAGCGUUGUGGUUGGGUUUAUCUUGUUUGGACUGGAAAACAGUUUGAUGUCGUGGAGUUUCCGCACGGUGCUUGCCCCAUCGCCAGUGAUCUCAUCCCACUCCUGGCGAUAAACGUACAUGAGAGUGCCUAUUGCUUCGACUAUGGCCCCUCGGGGCUGGAGCAGUACACAGAGAAUUACUUUAAGGCGUGUAAUUGGACUCUCGCUGAACGCUAUUACCUUCAGGCGGCUAGACAGUUGAGUUACGGCACAUGA